AUGAAUACAGUUCCGGUCGGCGGCGAAACCUCGCCGACGCAAUAUGUAAACAAUAAGGACUGUUCUCAAGGCUUCUGCACCUUGUACUGCCCUCAAUGGUGCUACAUCGACUUCCCACCGCCGCCGCCCUUCGCCGCCGACGAAUUUUCCGGCGAAAUCUCCGGUCCGAACUUCUCGCCACUCGUCAUCACCAUCAUCUGCAUUUUAGCCGCCGCGUUCCUUCUCGUAAGCUACUACGCCAUCGUAUCCAAGUAUUGGCGGCGGCACCGCCGCCAGCGAGACAUUGCUGGAGGCGGAGACGAGAACGGAAGUCUCGGUGACGUCCGUAGGGAUGAGCCGUGGUUCGUCGCGACAUCGAACGGUCUCGACGAUGCAGUGAUAAGGUCGAUUGAAGUGUUCGAGUACAGAAAAACGGCCGUGUUGAGUCCAACUACGUAUUGCAAUUAUGAUUGCGCCGUAUGCUUGAGCGAGUUCGAAGAUCGUGAUCGGUUAAGGCUUUUGCCGAAAUGCGGUCACGCUUUUCACGUGACGUGCAUCGAUACGUGGUUACGAUCGCACGCUAAUUGUCCCUUAUGCCGCGCGAAUGUGGCUGCCGUUGUCCCGCCGCAUUCCCCGCCGGCUCUAUUGGGCCUCGAUGUUUCUCCGAAUGGAGAAGCAUCGGGCCACAGCGUAGCCGAGAAUGCCGGGAGUGUGGAGGCCGGGAUUAGGACCCGGGAGAUAUUGGUCGAUAUUUUAGAUGUAGAAGAGGGCCGGGAUCUUCGACAUGUAAGAAGAUCAGUGUCUAUGGAUUGCAUUUAUGACCGACGAAUAUUGAUGUCUGACGUUUUCGAGGGCGUUGCGUUUCACAACAAUGAGUGUUACAACGACGGUGGCGGCAGCGGCAAUGGCGGCGGCGGCGGUGGUGACGGUGACGGUGGCGGCCGAGAAGAUAGGAACAUGGAUGCAAGCAUUAGAAGGGCCAUUUUGUAUACGAUGGAAAGAUCACAUUCAAGUGAGAGAUGGUUCUUCUCUAAGAAUUCAACUAUUGCAUUGUGA